GUAUAUAAAUACGACGGUUAUUGUACCACCGCGACAGUUUUCAUUCAAUUUUAGAGCAGUUUUCAUAGCGAUAUCACGCAUCAAACGAAAGUUAGAUUAUCGUCAAUCGUGAAAUUUUUCAUUGAAGAUACGAUAUAGAAGGAGACGCUGCAAUUAUGCUCACUGGCAACUCCCUACGGGCGCGCGGUGCCGUAACGCGGAGACGAUCCUUCCCUCAUUUGCCCUUGAUGCAAACCUGAUGCAUACUUGAUUCACGUCGAGAGCCCUUAAUUACGAUACGCGAGAUAACAACAAGUUAUGCAGAACGGCUAUGAUGAAGGCCCAUCUGGACGAUCUCGUGUUUUGUUCCAAAAUCUCAUGAUGGUGGAUUCCGUACACCGUACUCGUACGCCAGCCGAGGAUGUGCAAGAUCAAUACGCGGAUGGCAAAGCGGCGAAGAUCUGGGAAGUCUUUAUCGGCGACAAGCAGCAGCGUACGCAGAACUACCGAGACUUCCUGGUGGGCUUGCUUCAACGUAAUGGAUGCCGCCGAAUAUUGGAUGUUGCCUGCGGCACCGGCAUCGAUUCCGUGAUGCUGCUCGAAGAGGGCUUCGAGGUCAUCAGCAUCGACGCCUCUGAUAAGAUGCUCAAGUACGCGCUGAAAUGCAGAUGGGAUCGUAGGAAGGAGUCUGCCUUUGACAACUGGGUGAUUGAAGAGGCAAAUUGGCUGACUCUAUCUAGCGAUAUUAGUCAUCUCAUUGGAGAAGGUUUUGAUGCCGUUAUAUGCUUGGGAAACAGUUUCGCUCAUAUGCCUGAUUCUUUUGGUGAUCAGAGAGAGCAAAGGCGAGCUUUGAGGAACUUCGAGCGUUGCGUAAAGCCAGGAGGUUUACUGUUCAUUGAUCACAGAAAUUAUGAUUACAUAAUCGAAACCGGCAAAACUCCCCCAAGAUCCAUAUAUUAUAAUAGUCAGCAUAUGACGGAUAUCAAAACGUCGGUGCUCUACGUGGCCGGAAAGCCUGUGACCGUUAUGAUGGAUUAUGUAAUCGCUCUAGACGAGAAGGACAAAAAUAAUCCUCAGGCCGUCAACGAGUUCAGGCUGUCGUAUUAUCCUCACAAAUUAUCAAUUUUCCGCGAUAUGCUGGCCGAGACGUUUGAUCACAGAGCAAACUACACUAUUUAUGGCGAUUUCAAGCCGCUCAAUCGCGUGAAGAAUCCUGGAUUCUACAUCCACGUGCUGGAAAAACAACGUUAAAACCAAGCAGCGACAUGAACAGUCGGUUUAAUUAACAAGACAUUCGUUCCUGAACAAUAUCACCGGUUUUUUUGGGGGACAGUCGAACAUUCUAUCACCGAGAUUGAAGAUUAUUCACUGUAGAAUGUUUAAAACGCAUCUGUUCAAGGGAUGAGGUGAAAAUCUAUUAGAGCAAGAUGUGAAUGAAAAAGACUUAAUCAAAAAAGAGGACUGAAAUUACUAUAAUAAUUACUAUAAUAAUUACUAUAAUAAAUAUUAUUAAUAUAUUAAUAUUA